AUGGAGAACUAUGAAGUUCUCAACAAGCUGGGGGAUGGGACAUUCGGAUGUGUCGUGAAGGCAUUGCAUAAGAAGACGGGGCAACUUGUCGCAAUAAAGAAGAUGAAGCAGAAGUACUACACUUGGGACGAGUGCAUGAAGCUCCCUGAAGUGGUCGUGGUGCGCCGCAUCCAUGGACAUCCGAACAUCGUCAAGAUGCGGGAGGUGAUUCGCGAAAACAAUGAGCUGUUUUUUGUACUCGAAUAUAUGGACGGGGAUCUUCUGGGCGUGAUACGAAAGGCAAAACAGAUGCAGAACGCCGCCCUGGCUGCCACGAGUCCACCUCUCGGGUAUCCAAAGAUAAAAAGCUAUAUAUUUCAAAUUCUUCAAUCACUGGCUUACCUCCACCGCCGUGGGUACUUCCACCGGGAUAUAAAGCCAGAGAAUUUGCUUAUAAGGAAGGACCCUACUUCCGCGCUACAGGAGGUGGUAAAGCUCGCUGAUUUUGGUCUGGCGAAGGAGAUCCGGGCACGCCCCCCAUUUACGGACUACGUCUCCACGCGUUGGUACCGUUCCCCUGAGUUGUUGUUACAAGACCGGGCUUACAGCACCCCCGUUGAUAUUUGGGCUGCUGGCUGUAUAUUAGCAGAGUUGAUUACCACUCGUCCACUGUUUGCGGGCAGCAAUGAGGUAGAUCAGCUACACAAAAUAAUGAGUGUUCUAGGCUCACCGAACGAGCAGAUCUGGCCCGAGGGCGUGAUCCUCGCCAAAAAGAUUCGGUAUUCAUUCCCUGCGAUCAAGGGAAUAAGGCUGGAGCGUGUCCUCCCAACACACAUACCUCCGCAAGCGCUUGACUUGAUGAAGCAGAUGCUCACCUACGACCCAAAGAAACGCCCCACGGCCCAGCAGUGCCUUCAGCACCCUUACUUCAACGUUGGUGUCGACGAAGGCAAUUAUGCACCCCCAAAUAUGGCACAGCAACUAGCGAACGCAGUUAAAAGGUAUGCUCCUAGUCCUCAGAGUGCACCACCUGGCAACGUGCUUUUGUCUGGUGCCCCCAACACCAACCGCUCACCAGUGGGUGUCACAACAGCUCUUUCAAAGCCAACGGGUGCGGGAAGCGGCCCGCCAGUGUCACCACAGCAAACCUUCGGCGCCCCUGUUGUUAAAAAGACAAGCACCCUGGCUGAAGACAAAGCCCAGCUUCCGCCAAUAAAGAAGCUUUCACCAACGUUUGGAUCGGAGUCUUUUGCGAAGGCAAAUAGCGUCCCGGUGAAGCCUCCCCUUCCUGCCAUGGACAAUGUAGCAAACAAGGCGUCAAACGGUAAAAAUGACGAUGAUGUUGACUUGGAUGGUCUCAUGAACGAGUUUGCCGGUGAACUCCAAUCGUUGGGUCUCCUACCACAGCAAAAACAGAAAACCUCACUUUCUGUUGCUGGCGAUACGUUGAAGGGCAAUGGAUCCAUUCAAGAUGCAAAGUAUGGGAAUCCAACAAAGGCGCUGGAUACAGCGAAUGAUUCAUUGACGGAUAAGGAUCUUGUUGCGUCACUUCUUAGUUCUACGCGGUACAAGAAAUCUUCCUUCCAGGGCAGGGAAGGUGGUGGAGCUGGAGCUGGUGGUGUUGGUGGUGUUGUUGGUGUUGGAAUUGUUGGUGGCGGCGGUGGUGGUGGGUUGCAUCCACCGGGGAAAGCCCCUCCGCAGGUUCGGGAACCUUCUUCGAUCCAGGCUCCGACGGUGGGUGGCGGGCACCAUGCGGUGUCGCCGUCCAUCAAGGCAUUACUUGCAAAGCAUAGAGAAGGGGGGCUCUUUUCCAUGAAGUAG